AUGUCUGAUUACGGUGAUCACGACGCUGAAGAGACUUAUGACUACGAGCCUGCGGAGCAAGAAUAUGACGAUAUCGAGCCCGAGGAUUUCUUAAACCCCGAUGAUAUCGAUGGUGCAGAUGGGCCGGCCGAUGCGUAUGGCGAAGAUUCCUAUGCACCUGCGGCCAAUGGCGACCAUGUCGUCGUUUCAGGUGACCCCAAUGCCGGUUACUCAGGCAAGGUGAUGGAGCAGACGCGAGAAAAGAAAGUGCCCAACGACCAACGCACGACAACUCCCUAUAUGACCAAAUACGAAAGGGCACGAGUUUUGGGCACCAGAGCCUUGCAGAUUAGCAUGAAUGCCCCGGUGCUUGUCGACCUCGAGGGUGAAACGGACCCCUUGCAAAUUGCCAUCAAGGAGUUGAACCAGAAGAAGAUUCCUCUGAUUGUGAGGCGAUAUUUGCCUGAUGGAUGGUACGAGGAUUGGACUUGUGAAGAGUUGCUUUAA